AUGCUACAGCUGUCCUGGCUGGGACUGGAGUCGGUGGCAGCCUCCCCAUGGCUGCUCCUGCUGCUGUUUGGGGCUUCCUGGCUCCUGGCUCGUGUGCUGACCCAGAUCUACACCUUCUAUGAAAACGCUCGUCACUUCCAAAGUUUCCCUCAGCCCCCCAAACAGAACUGGCUCCUUGGUCACCUGCACAUGGCCCCUCCCACGGAAGAGGGGAUGAAGAAAAUGACUCAGCUGGUUAAUACCUAUCCCCAGUGCUUUAUGAUAUGGAUGGGUCCCAUUAUCCCUAUCAUCACCUUGUGCCACCCGGACACCAUCCGACCUGUUCUCAGUGCUUCAGCUGCUGUGGCACCCAAGGACACGGUAAUCAGAAACAUCUUGAAUCCCUGGCUGGGAGAUGGGCUCUUGCUGAGUUCCGGUGACAAGUGGAGCCGUCAUCGUCGUGUGCUGACUCCAGCCUUCCACUUCAACAUCUUGAAGCCCUAUGUGAAGAUUUUCAAUGACAGCACCAAUGUCAUGCAUGCCAAGUGGCAGCAUCUGAUCUCUGAGGGCAAGAACCGUCUGGACAUGUUUGAGCAUGUCAGCCUCAUGACCUUGGACAGUCUCCAGAAAUGCAUCUUCGGCUUCAAGAGCAACUGUCAGGAGAAACCCAGUGAAUACAUUGCCGCCAUCUUGAAUCUCAGUGCCUUAGUGAUAAAAAGGGCCCGGAACCCACUUCUGCGCAUGGACUUCCUGUACCAGCUCACCCCCGAUGGAUGGUGCUUCCGUAAAGCCUGCCGCCUGGUGCAUAAAUUCACAGAUGCUGUCAUCCAGGAACGACACCAUACCCUCCCUGAUCAGGGUCUUGAUGACUUCCUCCUGGCCAAGGCCAAGUCCAAGACAUUGGACUUCAUUGAUGUGCUGCUGCUGACCAAGGAUGAAGAUGGGAAGAUGCUGUCAGAUGAGGACAUAAGAGCAGAAGCUGACACUUUCAUGUUUGAGGGUCAUGACACCACAGCCAGUGGUGUCUCCUGGGUCCUCUACAACCUGGCGAGGCACCCAGAAUACCAGGAGCGCUGCCGACAGGAGGUGAGGGAGCUCCUGAGGGACCGAGACCCUAAGGAGAUCGAAUGGGACGACCUGGCCCAGUUGCCCUUCCUGACCAUGUGCAUCAAGGAGAGUAUGCGGCUGCAUCCGCCGGUCACCCACAUCUCUCGCAGCUGUACCCAGGACGUUGUUCUUCCUGAUGACAGGGUCAUCCCAAAAGGUGUUAUCUGCAUCAUCAGUAUUUUCGGGACCCAUCACAACCCAACAGUGUGGCCGGACCCGGAGGUCUAUGACCCCUUCCGCUUCGACCCAGAAAACAUCAAGGACAGGUCACCUCUGGCUUUUAUUCCCUUCUCUGCGGGGCCCAGGAACUGCAUCGGACAGACGUUUGCCCUGAAUGAGAUGAAGGUGGCGCUGGCGCUGACGCUGCUGCGCUUCCGCGUGCUGCCCGACCACGCGGAGCCGCGCAGGAAGCCUGAGCUGAUCCUGCGCGCAGAGGGCGGGCUGUGGCUGCGGGUGGAGCCGCUGCGCGCGGAGCCGCUGCGCGCGGGCGCGCAGUGA